AUGUCUUCAAAAGAUUCAACUAUAAACGAACUAUCUAAUAAACCUCAACAAAAUAUAUAUGCAUCAAGUUCUCCUUCACUAGAUAAUAAUCAAACUUAUAAUAACACUAAUGACAAUGGAACCAUACAUCAACAACAAUAUAAUAACAAUAACAACUCAAAUAUAAGUACUAGUAACAAUAACAGUUCACUACAUAAUCAAAAUAAUCCGAAUAUACCUAAUCAAUCUCAUCAACAACAAUCAUUUCAACCACAAUCACAACAACAACUACCACAGCAACAACAAACACAAUCACAACCAUACUCUCAUAACAACUCCUCAUCAUCCAUACCGUUGACCAAAAAAAUUUCAAGACAUGCAAAUAAAGAUACAACAACAAGAGGUAAAUAUAAUCUUAAUGAUUUUCAAAUAUUAAGAACUUUAGGAACAGGAUCAUUUGGAAGAGUUCAUUUAACAAGAUCAAUACAUAAUGGAAGAUUUUAUGCAAUGAAAGUUUUAAAAAAAGAAAGAGUUGUUAAUAUGAAACAAGUUGAACAUACAAAUGAUGAAAGAAGAAUGCUUAAAUUAGCUCAACAUCCUUUUAUAAUACGAAUGUGGGGUACUUUUCAAGAUUGUCAUAACUUAUUUAUGAUUAUGGAUUAUAUAGAAGGAGGAGAAUUAUUUUCUUUGCUAAGAAAAUCUCAAAGAUUUCCUACCCCAGUAGCAAAAUUUUAUGCAGCUGAAGCCUUUUUAGCUAUUGAAUAUUUACAUGAUUUAGAUAUUAUAUAUAGAGAUUUAAAACCUGAAAAUAUCUUGUUAGAUAAAAAUGGUCAUAUAAAAUUAACUGAUUUUGGAUUUGCAAAAGAAGUUACAGAUGUUACUUUUACAUUAUGUGGUACUCCAGAUUAUAUAGCACCAGAAGUUGUUGCAACAAAACCUUAUAAUAAAUCAGUAGAUUGGUGGUCUUUUGGUAUAUUAAUAUUUGAAAUGUUAACUGGUUAUACACCAUUUUAUGAUCCAACUCCAAUGAAAACUUAUGAAAAUAUUUUAAAUGGUACAAUAACUUAUCCAGAUUAUUUACCUCCUGAUAUUUUAGAUUUAUUACAAAAAUUAAUUGUAAAAGAUUUAACUCAAAGAUUAGGUAAUUUACAAGGUGGUUCAAAUGAUGUUAAAAAUCAUCAAUGGUUUAAAGAAGUUAUUUGGGAAAGAUUAUUAAGUAGAGAUAUUGAAACUCCUUAUGAACCUCCUAUUACUUCUGGUGUUGGUGAUACUUCACAAUUUGAUAGAUAUCCUGAAGAUAAAGAUUUAGAUUAUGGAAUAAGUGGAGUUGAAGAUCCUUAUCAUGACCUGUUUGAAGAUUUUUGA